AUGUCUUUAGCAUAUCUUCCGUUGCCGAAGCUUACAAGAUGCAAUAGGUCGAUACUACCUUCGGAUUACUCCAAGCAAGGAGAUACUCCAUCUGCGCGGCUCUCCAAAUUGGGCUGCGGACCAUAUCGUCGUCAAAAACACACAUCAGGCUGGACUCCCGCCAACAAGAUUCCAGAUGUCGAGCCGUUUGAUUAUCGAAAGGAUUCUCGAAAGCCGAAGUACAUCGAGAAGGGUGAUCCACUGCAAGAUGAGGAGAUACUCCUGCAAGGUCUGCCAAUCGUCGAGCCGGGAGACGAGGCAAUCAACACUAUCAGAAAGGUACCAAGCGAUCAGGCUCUUAUGCCGUUGAGAUGGGGUAGCAGUCGCAGGGCAACCGGCCGAUCCAAAAGUGGACUGCAGAUCCAAGUACCGAGUAGCAACGCGCCAACAUCAUUAAUUCUUGGGGAAGCUAUCACCGGAAAAUCCAUCAUUUACGCAUACACCUCGUCUUCUUCCUCAUCGAGCGGGAGAACAACGAGCAGCUUCGGUGCUGUAGGAGAUCAUCUUGCUUCGACUAGAUCUGCCGUUUUGCCUAGGACCUUGGCGGCGAUGGGAGAUCAGAACCCAUCUGUCAAAGUAGAGCGGUCCGUUAUGAGUGCUAAUUGUCGUACUCGGUCUCCUCUUGCGGAUCUAGUCCUCAGCUCAACGCCUGAUGAAGAGUCGUACCAGUUGCUAGCUCUCGGUCAGGUUGGACCGUGGAAACGACCCUUCACACCACAGCUUGUCAAACCCUCGAGACUUUGUACUCUAAUUCAACGGCGAAGAUCCCUCUCCGACUUGAAAGAAGCCCCGCAGGCUCGACAAUGUUCUGUAGGCGUAGAGCUGGAAGCUCCAAAACCGCAGGUACCAGCAAAUAUGAAGGUAUUGGGACCAGAUGAUAUUAAAGCCGUCAGGAAAGAUAGCCUUGUUCAGACGGAUGAAGUCAGCUCCAUCGAGGCAAAAGAGCCACCAGUAUGGUCACGCAAAGGUCUUCCAUUCGAAGAGAACCGCCGAGCACGGAGUGGGCUGCGCGUUCAUCUGAGGUACCAAAAUUAUAGUCUUGAUCCUGAAACACUCUCUCUUCCCUAUGGAUCGAAAGUGUUCAUCAUGAAAUCGACCAAUAUCCAUAACCUGCGAGCUUCGGUGGAACACGAAGUCUGGUCAUCAACGAAGGGUGCAAAUAGAGUGCUCCAAAAUGCUUGGGAGAGCAGGAAGCCAGGGGAAAAGAUCAUUUUCAUGUUUUCCAUCACCCAUAGUCAUAGAUAUGGUGGAAAGUACUGUGGUCUGGCGGAAAUGUCCGGACCAUUCGAUCCAGAGAGGGAAGUUAAUAUUUGGACAGAGGGACUUCAAGGCAAUGAAGGAGUGAUUCCGACGCGAUGGAUCGUUGCCAAAGAUGUUGAAUUCUCCGCCUUUGACGACUUGAAUUACAAUGACAAACGUGUCACCCAAUUGAGACAUGCAAACACGGUUCCUGGCGAAGCAGGUCGCAACCUUGUGCAGAGGUACUUCGAAGCAGAGCAUUCGGCGACCGCAAUCCUCCACCCCAAGACAGAGCUUGCAUCUUCUACUCCAGACAGACGAGACAGGCGAUCAAACCCCCCGAGCGCUUCCAACUCCAGUAGACGAGUUCCUUGGGGAUUGCCGCCACGCCCCACAGCACCAGCUCAGGGCCCUCAUCCUGCCUAUAGAUCCAUCUAUGGGCAAGCAGCUCCGGCAUACCCGCCACAUCCGGUGUACACUCCCUUGGACAAUAGACUGCCACAUUCUCAGAUGCCUUAUGGUGCCGUCACGAACAACAGGGGUGAUUCCACCACUUACCCAAUCGUCCCAUACAAGAUUGUUCGAGUACAACGCGCUCCCGCUCGUGUCAUCUUCGUGUCUGAUGGUCUCUUCCCCCUUCAAGACGGCUCUAUGGUACCUCAUCCUACUAUGAACCCUCCCUCUCGGGGACUUGAAACUGUCCUUCCCACGCAGUCGAAUGCUACUCCACCGACUAUGUUGACAGGUCAGGCAAUGCAGGAAGAAGCAUUACAGCCACUAGAGGGUAUCCGGUCCGAGGAUGCGCUGGGACAAUUCUCCUACGCUCCAGCUACUCAGACUACAGUCGUCACUACGACUACAACGACUACCACCAAUUUCCCACCUAUCAUGAUGAAGGCUCCCCAGCAUCUAUAUGACUUGGAUCCAAAGCUGUAUCCCUUGGCUUCUUCACCAACACCGACAUCCAUUAAGAAAUUGUGCUUCGAUGUGGAUGGGACACCAACAUUAUUUCAGGAAGCAGACGACACGCUUGAAACUCUAGAGAAGCUCAAGCAUCAGCAAAAAGCCUUAACAGCGUCUGACGGUGCGCUACGCUCCGUUGCAAAAUCCGACCAUGCUUUUGAGAGACCCAGACCAGAGGAGUUACGAAUGGGAAGCUCAGACGCGUUAUCACAUCAGCAAGCGUCCAGCACAGCUCCGAGUAGUAGGCGGAAGCGAUCGGCGUCACCAGUAUCCAUCUCAGAAGCCGUUACGCUGGCUAGUGGGCAAGUCCCCCGCAAGAGAAGAUUAGUGUCAGGAGGUAAUACAAGCUCAAGCUUGGGAAACGCUGACUUUUCAACACGAAAAGCUUCACAGUCAAGAUUGCAGAUCGUUCAGACAUCGACACCAAUCACUCCGCAUCUUGGUAGGAGCAAUACUGUCCAAAACCAAACACCCCCAGUGUGGCUGUCAGAAGCAAUGGAGGAACACGAGAGGGAAGAUCCGGUGUCAAGCACUUUCGAUGCAUCUGCAGCAAACGAGGAUGAUCCUCAGAUCUUGAGUCCCAGGUCAGAGACCACAAGAGGAGUAACAUCUCGAGAGGACGGUGUUGCCAAUCAUGAAAAUGACAUGAUCGAAGAUUCAGAAGUCCAAUCGGCGUGGCGAGAUCUGGGCAUCGGAUCCGCCAUGACUCCUCGUAUGGAGAAUGAUGAAGAUGAGGUUUUUCCACAAUUCCGACAGCCAGAUCGUCCAAGGCCAACUAUACUCGAUACGACUGCUGCACAAGAUGUUAGCCUACCUAGUCCAAGUCUGUCUCCAGUCACUGCGGCGGCGAACAUGCAGAGUCGCAGAGGGUAUUUUGAGCAACCUAUUCUGGGACGUACAAAUGCCCCUGGAAGUUUUCAAUCUCUACUCUCUCAGAGUCAGAACAGCAUGAGAUCAAGCAUUUCCGACGAAGCUUUGCACAUUUCCCUGAAUGGAGAGACAUCAGAACCAGCAUCCAAGGAAGUGGCCCCAGCCAACGGCCAGAUCUCCACACGAUCUCUUCUGAGCCUGCCGUCAAUGGUCGAUACUUUCGAAGCCAUGCCCGAGGAAAUGAAAAGUUAUCUCAUGUAUCAAUUCUUACGUCGUUGCUCAAAGCCAGUACUUCAUUUUGUCGCUGACGUGGUCAACCCGGCACUCAAGUGCGAUUUUCUAAGGCUUCUUCCUGUGGAGCUCUGUAUCAAUGUGAUCGGCAACCUUGAUGUUAAGACGCUUUGUCGUGCCGCUCAAGUUUCGAAGAGAUGGAGGCAGCUCAUUGAUUCUUCCGAGAAGAUAUGGAAACGUCUCUUUGAUGUCGAUAACUACGUUUUGCCAGAAGGCGAGCUCCCAAGGGCAAUCCGCGAGGGAUGGGGCUGGCAGUCUGAAUCUCAGACAGAAGACCAUGAAAAGGAUCUUAGUGCUUUCUCGACAAACCCCUCGGAUACGGAUUUGUCGGUCUCGUCACGCAUGUACCGAGAACAUUCAGGGACGAGUCCAUUUGCUGCCUCACAGAGCGGUUCUGCGACUCCACAGACCAAGAAAUCAAAGCGAAAAGCAAAGUCAAAGUCGAAGCCAUCAAGUCGCAAGUACCAAAAGAGGAUUCAUUCGGCCUCGGUCGAUUCAAUAGACCUCGAAGAAGAAGCUUUGCUGGACAUGGCAUCGGCCGACGGUCCAUAUGCAGCUGCCAAUGCGGCCGCUGCAGCAGUGCCAUAUCCUCGCAUUGGGCUACCGAGUCUAAAGAAUUUGCAUCUGUUCAAGUCGAUCUUCAUGAGACAUCACAUCAUUCGUAAGACCUGGAUGCAAGACGAAGUCACACCUCGCCACAUAGCCUUCAGAGCACAUCAACGGCAUGUGGUAACAUGCUUGCAGUUUGACGCAGAUAAGAUUCUCACCGGCAGUGAUGAUUCUAACAUCAACGUCUAUGAUACGAAGACCGGCGCCCUCCGAGCCACACUCGAAGGACACGAAGGAGGCGUCUGGGCAUUGCAAUACGAAGGUAACGUCCUGGUCUCCGGUUCCACCGACCGGACUGUCCGAGUGUGGGAUAUCGAGAAAGGUAAAUGCACGCAAGUAUUUCAGGGGCACACAUCUACUGUACGAUGCUUGCAAAUCCUGAUGCCCACGCCCGUCGAAGGCAAGAGUCGAAAUCAAAUGAUGCCGAAACAGCCACUCAUCAUUACCGGUUCUCGAGAUUCAAACCUUCGAGUAUGGAAAUUGCCUAAACCUGGAGAUGCGCCACUCUUCCAAACAGGACCAGCACCAGACGAAAACGCCGAUUGUAAAUACUUUGUCCGUACUCUAUCUGGUCACCAUCAUUCGGUUCGUGCAAUUGCUGCUUACGCCGAUACGCUCGUCAGUGGAAGCUAUGAUUGCAGUGUACGAGUAUGGAAAAUCUCAACGGGGGAAACCCUCCACCGUCUACAAGGGCAUACUCAGAAGGUAUAUAGCGUUGUCCUAGAUAACAAAAGAAAGCGUUGCAUCAGUGGCUCGAUGGACAACCUCGUCAAGGUCUGGUCGCUCGAAACUGGGACCGUGUUGUUCAACCUCGAAGGCCAUUCAUCUCUGGUGGGUCUUCUGGAUUUGCAGCAGGAUCGUCUUGUGUCUGCCGCAGCUGACUCGACUCUGCGAAUAUGGGACCCAGAAAACGGGCAUUGUAGAAGCACAUUGAGUGCACAUACUGGCGCGAUCACUUGCUUUCAACACGACGGCCAGAAAGUCAUAUCUGGGUCAGAUCGAACUCUGAAGAUGUGGGACGUCGCAACUGGCGACUUCGUCAAAGAUUUGUUGACCGAUCUAAGCGGAGUAUGGCAAGUUAAGUUCAAUGAGCGAAGAUGCGUUGCUGCCGUCCAGCGCAACAAUUUAACCUACAUCGAGGUACUGGACUUUGGCGCCUCUAGGGACGGUGUUCCGGGACACAAGCGAGGCCGCCGUAUCGUUGUCAAUAUGGAUGGGCAAGAAGUUUCUGACCCUCACGAUACCUCCGCCGACGCCGAUAUCAUCGUGGAAGACUAA